GUCCUCUGGGCCGCCAUGCUGCCCGCCGCCCGCCUGGCGCUGCCGCUGCCGCUGCCGCCGCGCCUGCCGCUGCCGCCCGCCUGGCGCUGGGGCGCCGCCAGGCCGCUGGGCACGGGCCGCGCGCGGCGCUCCGAGGCGCUGGCCGGGGCGCCGCUGGACACGGCCGCCAAGGAGUACUCGCCCAAGGUGCGGCAGCUGGUGCGGGACAUCGCGGGGCUCACGCUGCUCGAGGUGGCCGACCUCAACGCGCUGCUCAAGGAGACGCUGAAGAUCUCGGACGUGGGGGUGAUGCCCGUGGGGGCGGCGGCCGCCCUCGUGCCGCCCCCGGCAGCUCCGCAGGAGGAGGAGGAGGAGAUCCCGCGCAAGAAGGAGAAAAUGCACUUCUCCGUGCGGCUGACGGAGCUGAAGCCCGCUGACAAGGUGAAGCUGAUCAAGGAGGUGAAGAACUUCGUGCCCGGAGUGAACCUCGUGCAGCUCUGCCGCGUGGUGAAGCGCUGAGCCCCUAGCAGAAGUGAGAUGAGAAAGGGGAGUCGGAGCACAGAGCUCAAAGUUCUCUGCACCAGUCUCGUUUUCUCCAAAUCUGAGAGCUGCUUCGAGCUUUUCUGCAGAACUUAUGAGGAGCUGGGACUCCUCACUGCAGCUGGGUUUGGCCAGCCUUCCCCUAGUUUUCACUUGUUACUGUGGAAGCAUCUAACGUGCUUCGAUUCUGUACAGAAUGAUGCUUUCGUAUCUUGGGGAUGAUAGCAGCACUUUCUGUUUAUUCAAUUGCAAGGAAGCAAUUGCUAAGCAUUGUAAAAAUCUAAUGCGCAACCCAGAAUAUCAGGGUUUGCAGAACAUCCUCCAAACCAUUUUUAAUGAUAUAUUACAAAAGAAAUAACAGAAAAUCUGGUCGCGGUGAUGGUAGUUUCAUCGGCUCGCUGGGAUCGUUAGCUGACUAUCAGCUUGGUUAGUCUGACAGUUGUUUAUCUAUUAUCCAUCCCAAGCAAAUAUUAAAAUGCCAAAGCCCUGUGACAGAUACAGCCAGUAGAUAACUAAAAACCGUUUGAAGAACUAAUGCUCGGUCAACAUGGCUUAGCGUGUGGAACCUGUAAAACAAUCUGGUUACAGUUCUAACACAGCUACACGGUUAGUAGGUGCAGGUUAUUGCUGGUAAUCUCUGUCAAGUGUGAUUUAUCCAACGUGAUAUUUUGAUUGAAGACACGCGAAAACUACUGCAGAAGGCUAGUUCUGCCCUCGGAAGUUGUAUUCAAAGCGUAGCUGGGGAAUUGUUACUGUAAGCGAGGAAUUGUCAUCCCCGUGAGGUGCUUUACAUCAGGUUUGAGGUGUUUUAAAAUGAUCUUUUUUUUGGGCUGUGAGAUCGUUAAUGAUUUGGAAGACAGCGUUGCUAGUAAAGCCCUUGGACAUCGCGUGCUGCUGAGAGAUUUUGAUGUGACUCCAGUAAGUCAGUCCUGUAGAAGUGACUGCUCAGUGUGACAGGUGUGCAGUCAGAGCGAGCUGGACCCACCUCUUUGCACCCCUGAAAUCUUGUCCAAAGCCUCUCCAACACACACGUAGCUCACUCCUUUGCCUCUGGAAUUCUCUUCUGCUCAGACUGGGCUUGAAGAUGUCUGAUGAAGAUGUCCUGUCUCUGCCUAGUGGCUGUUACUGUGCGGGUCCAGCUAGGGCGCUGCUGUUCCUUCCUGGAGAUGUGAAAAGCUGCUUUCCUUGGGUUGAGGCUGCUUUAGAACAAAAGUUGAAGUGUUGGGCAGCAAGGCUCUUACAUGAAUAACCUCAAUUGUGUUGUGUGUCCUCGUUGCAGCAAGGCAGAACAGGCUCUCUUUUCCAGAUACUGCCCUGGGCUCUUGUGAGUGCAGGCACACCCAUGCUGCAGAGCUUUGCCUGCGCAGCUACGCCUUCUCAUCCCUCGCAAAAAAAAAGCGUUUUCUGCCCCUGUCAACAUGCACCCAACGUGAACUAAGCCAAUGAAGCCUCCUUUCUGUCAGCAGUGGUCAAUCUGUUAGUUUCCAGGACCGCAGUUCUGCAUUCCUGCGGUGCCAUGCGGAGAGCUGACAGCGGUUCCUCACUGUGGAAACCCCCCAGGUUUUGUUGCUGCUGCUCGGUGUGAGAGCAACAGCACUCAGACUGCAGCAGGCGUUUUUCCUCCCGUACCCCGUUGCCUUUUUUCACUGCAGUUUAAAAAAAAACAACGCACACGCACAAAAUAAAAAUCAAAACAAAACAGUAUUCUAGGGAGUCCUUUUAAGUCAGUUACAGAACUUCUCAGAUUGUCUUAAUUACUGCGGUACGUCAUAGUAGUUUUGUCUAUGAUGUCCUGAAAACAUCAAAUCAUGCUGUCAAGCACAGUCUGUACCGUGACUCUUUUUCUACUCAGUACAGCAGAUUCUCUGACUUCCCUAACACAGCUGCGUACAAAACUUGAGAGAGCCUCUCCUUCCUGCUGGCAGAAAUGUGUAAACCAAAACAUUCUCACUGAAGAAGUCCGGGUCAGUAGCUGCGUUAGCGGAUGACGGCGUGGCAGCUCUGUGUGCGUCCCAGGCACCUUCGCAGACCAGGGCUGCACAUUGGGAACGCAGCACGCGUCGUGCACAUGGCGCACAGGAAUUUGUGGGCAACUACACGCUGAAAAAGGUUUUAUAUGGCUGUAGUCUUCCAGCAGGAUGUGCUGCGUAGUUCAAGUAGAGGUCUGGGUUCCAGAGCAUUAGGCGAGUUUCUCUGGUCCGCUUACGCAGAGGUCAGGCUCAUGGCUUUAAAUCUGUUAAUCUGGUU